AUGUAUGCGGAAAGUCCAGUGAUUUCCGAGGAAAAUCCUAUUGACUACGGAGAACAGGCGAACACCGAUGCCAUCAAACUUAAAGUGUAUACAUUGGUUGAGCCCAUCGGACAGAUAAUGAAAGCGGCAGAGAAACGGUAUAAAAAGCAGGGCUUGACUGUACCCAUAGAGUUGUAUCAGGAAGCAAGGGAGUUUGUGCUGCGGACCAUUCCCUGGCUGUUUAACUUGUUUAAAGCCGUGGCCAACGAGACUGAUAGAGAGCGAGUGACCGCACAAUUUUUGGGCGAAGUCCAUGGGUUUAAUUAUAUGAGCAAACGGUUAGAUAAAAUCCGUUUGGCUAAUCAAGAUACACUAAAUAUGACGGGCACGUCCGAGAAUCUGCUUGGUAGACUUAAAACGAUGGUAGGUUUUAUGGUGACUACUUUAGAUGAUGAAAUUGCCCAUGCUAGCCAUCCAGUUUGGACAGAGUUUCACAUUAAGAUAAAAGAGUUUGUGACUACUGUAAUGCCCAAAUUGUACCUGGCUGUUGACAAACUGCCCUACGAGGAGUUGAAACAGAAAAAUCUGAAGAUGCUGAUUGCCGAUUUAUCGCACGCCGCAAUUCCACCACUAUAA